GUUUGGCCUUCGAGCUCUGAGUUUGGUCAGCUCCGUUCCAAUGACGAGGACGACACCAUCUGGUACUAUACGGCAUCUUCCGACUUCUUAGGAAACAAGGUCGAGGCUUACGGCGGCACCGUCGGGUUCACGCUGGGUCACAGCGAGUACAACAGCCUUGGGCUGGGAGCGCAGGAAGACUUCGACCUCAUCCUCGAGAGCGCCGUGCACAACAUCUCCUUAGGUCACAAGCACAUCGUGCCAGCGUGGGUGACGUCUUCUGAGAACGUGGUGGAGCUGUCGGAGGACGGAGGCUGGGUGGACACAGAGACAGGAGAGUCGGCGACGAGGCUGUCGCUCCUCCGCGUCCUCUCAGAGCUUACAGCCCUAAAGAUUCGCGGGUCUUACUACCAUGGACACGAGUACUCCUACGUCAGAGACGUUUUUCUGACUCGCGGACCAAAGCAGGAGCUCGCCUGGAUUAGGAACGACCCGCACAUCGAUGAGAUCUGCAACGCCGUCAAGUUGAACGCCAUUGCCUGCGAGUUCUACGGCGUUCACCUGAUGAAGUCGCUCCAGAAAGUGAAUAUGAACAAGCUCAGAUCUGAAUAUGUAACGCAAAUGCGAAAGAGGAGGGAAUAUGAAGCUAAGGAGGACGAGAGGAGGAGGCAGAUUGAGGAAGAGAUGCUCUCGCAAACGGCUGAAGAACCGAUUGAAGAGUCUCACCAGGCUGCUGCCCUGGAGGAAGGUAGACCACACCAGCAGGCCGCCAGGGCGGAGCAUCCCCUCGAAGACUUGAUGAAAGAGCGGCCGGUGAAGGAAGCGACUGCCGAGGAUGAGAUCGACCUGAAGGAGGAAAGGAUGUGA